AAUCAUUCGUGUGGUGUGUGUGAGUUUUUCAAGGUGACCUGUUUCCUAAUUUAUUGUGACAAAAUGGCGACUCCCAUGCAGACCAUGAUACGGAGAUUAAGAGUCUCGAAUUUAAUUCUCUCAGCUUGGCAGGGCACUCAUCAAGCCAAGCGUCCCGUCCGGCUGUUGGCGGCACCCGUCUCCCGUUCAUUCUGCACAGUGCCUGACCAGCCUGCCUUUGACAGCAUCUCACGCUACAGGGAGAGGCCAUGGGAGUACCUGGAGAGUGAAGAAUAUAUUGAAAAGUAUGGGAGUCAGACAGUCUGGGCAGAUUACAGAAGGAACCACAAGGGAGGGAUCCCCCCUCAGAAAACACGCAAAACCUGCAUUAGAGGAGACAAAAUCAGUGGCAACCCUUGUCCAGUGUGCAGGGAUCCAAAGAUCCAGGUGGACUACAGGAACGUGAAGCUUCUGGAGCAGUUCAUCUCUACUCAUUCAGGGGUCAUCCAUGACCCGACCCGCACUGGGGUGUGUAUGAAGCAACACAAGAACCUAACCAGAGCUAUUGACACUGCCAGAGACCAUGGUCUGUUGCCUUUCCGGGUCCCCUUUGUGGAGUUCAAGAUGGAGGACUAUUCCAAUUCACACGGUGCUGUGACCAAAACACCCCCACCUAGCGAAGCAGGUCAGGCCAGGCCCUGGUACUCGUGGUACCAGUGGAACCAGCCCCCUGAGAAGGAGAUCGCCAAGGUGCGCCAGGUCUACCACAAAUACCUGAAGGAGGAGGAGCCCGUGGCUGGGCAGUGAACAGGAGCAGUGGCAGUGGGAGCGUCAACCCUCAAUGCGUUUUACUGCAGGAUUUCAAUGUUUUAAAAUCCAUUUUGUAACCUUUUAUUUUAAGCGGUGGUUUUCUCUGCUCCCUUUAUCAUAGUGCAGUAAAUUUCUUACACAUUCUCUGAAGGUGUAAUACUGUAAAGCAGCCCUCUUUUCCACCUUAGUCCGCACCAAUUAGGGUCCUACGUGCUUCAUGUCCAGAACAGAUUCCUGGACUAACACAGCAGAGAGGGCUCAUCUGGUGUCGUACAUUUAGAGAUGUUUCAAAGUAGAAACGUUGAAAAGGGAAAGUGAAUUUAGAAUGGUAAUGAAGGGGCAGUGAUUAAGACACUGAAGAAAAAUAAGGGUAGGAAAUAGAUUUUAUAAUAUCAGUUACAACAAAGUGCUUGAUCAGAGCAUUCAUCACAGGAAUAGUUGUGUAUUGUAUUUACCAUCGGAUGUUUCUGUGUAAAUUGGAUUUUGUUCCAUUCAUUUACACAGUAGAUGUCAGGUAUUGCCAUUCCAAUUGUAUAAAACUAGUGUUGUUCGGUUGCCACUGUACAGCCCAGUGUGUCCCCCGACACUAAAUAUGCAAAUAAAGAUUAUAUCUGAUUAUUUACAA